AAAGCCUGUUUCUCUCUCCCACGUGAGUCUCUGAGCUCUGAAUGGUGAUGUUGGUGAUGACAUUUAACCACAGCAAGGGACUUUCCACGCAUCCACGCUCUUCACUGUAAGCGCUAGGCCCUGGACAAUGUAUCACUUAGCCCAUCACACAUCUUAGAAGACAGAUUUUAUUAUAACCCCUGCUUUAAGGAUGAGGGAAACUGAGCUAGAGAGAGUCUCCGCUCGGAGCUGAGAACCCCAGUCGCACUCGGGGACCCAGUCCGCCGGCAUCUCUGCUCUAUCCUCGGAUCUGUCAGGGGAGGAAGAGAACGAGGGAAGCGGAUGGAGAUCAAAGGACUCCCCAAGGGCCAGAAGUCCCCAGGGUCCCUGAUGACUAUAAAGGGUUUGGCUCCAGGACCAAGCAGCUCUCACAGGUUCUGGAAGCUGUGUUCCAAAACAUUUUCAGACAGGCACAGGAGCGCAUGGCUUCCUCAAAGGACCCCAGGAACCAGAGAGCCAGCCUUAAGGAUUCUAGUGUGGAGUCGACCUCAGGUAUGCAGCCGGCCAGCCCCCACAGGGCGGUCCCCGCAGCACACGUCACUUUCCUUAUCGACUGUGCAACUGGAAAACAAGUCUCCCUGGCAGCACCCACGGGGCCGCCCCAAGCACCGAGAGCCAACCAGGGACGUAUCACCCCGCCCAUGAAGACGUUUGUUAUGUUCUGUGGAACAAACACACUGCCUGGGAGACCCCUUGAUGGAGCCAAGGAUAACUCGCCACCCUGCACAGGACCCGGGGCUCCAGAGUCCCUUCCUGCCAGCCUACCCGGUCCCCAGAAUGAUCCUAAAGUCAAGGGGAGCUCCUUGAAGGCUGGAGCUCCUGAGAAGCAGUCAACCCGGGAGAAGGUCAAGCACUCACUGAAGGCCCUGUCCUGUCUCUGCGGCCCGGUGGAAUAGUUUGACAGGAUCUGUCGGGGUGGGCGGGGCCGGGGCGGGGCUGGGAAUGCGGGAGUGUUUGGAGCCUGAAGCUAAGAAGACACACUAGAUGUACUGAAAGACAUUAGAGUCAGUGUUGCCUCUGUCCUCUUCCUCCUCCUCUGUCAUGCUCUCCCCUGGGGUCAGGCAUGAUGCCAACCAAGCACCUUCUACUUGUCCUGGGCGCUGCUGCUGCUGCCGCCCCGCCCAUGACCCCGCCCCGCCCAUGACCCCGCCCCGCCCCGCC